AACAAAGAGUUGGAGAAACACAGCAAAGAUGAGGACCCAGAACUUGAUGAUAUCCAAAUAUUUGAUUAUUCUGGUCUUGAUAUCAGUCUUGGUAUCGGUCAUGUUAUCGUUAUCGAGAUUGUGGGAGAAGUUAUGGCAGUUGCAGGAGGAGUGUGAUGAUGUUGAUAUGGAGGGUUUGCAAAAAGUUUAUGCUCUGUUUGAUGGAGAGGAUGUCUCUGAAGAGGAAGAGGAAGAGGAGGACGUCGACGAAGACGAUAGCGACUAGACGGCGACAGCAGUCCGAAAUCCUCAUAUCUUUCUACAGCCAACACAUUCGCGAUAGUAACGGUG